UGUGGGAGACCCUUCUAACGAAACAAGACAUUGAGAAACAGAUAAAAAAAACGUCGAAGGUAGACUGUACUAAAUGAGUAUGUCAAUCACUGCUGACAGAUGUGUCAAGCGAGAGGUUAGGUCAAACCAUUGUGAAAACAACACUGAUCUCCAAGGACAAACAUCAUCACAAUCUUUCGAAGAACCUUUCCAAUGUGGGAUGUGUUUAAAGUGUUUCUCUAACAAGUGUCCCAUUAAGCAGCAUAUGAGGAUCCAUACAGGUGAACGACCACAUCAGUGUGAGGUGUGCAAAAAGUGUUUUAAAUGGAAUUGCCGCUUGACACAGCAUAUGCUGAUUCACACUGGAGUUAAGAAUUUCAAAUGUGAGGUCUGUGCAAAACAUUUUGCUCAGUGUUCCAAUUUGAACGUCCAUAUGUUGCUUCACACUGGUGUUAAGCCUUUCAAAUGUGAGGUUUGUGCAAAAUGUUUCAAACUAAAUACCCACUUGAAACAACACAUACUAAUUCACACUGGUGUUAAGUCUUUUAUUUGUGAUGUGUGUGAAAAGUAUCUUUCUCACAGGGGUCAGACUUUAAACAGCAUAUGCUAGUUCACACUGGUGUUAAGUUUUGUAUUUGUGGUGUGUGUAAAAAAGCUUUCGCAAAGAGGUUGGUCUUGAAACGGCAUAUGUUGAUUCACACUGGCAUCAAGUCUUUCAAAUGUGAGGUUUGUAAGCAUUCCUUCUCACAUAAGUGGCACUUGAAACGGCAUAUGUUGAUUCACAGACCUCGACGUGAAGAACAUGGAGAUGAAAACGGAUCAACUACGAAGGUCCACUGUCUUAAAAGCAAUAUGUCAAACAGUGAUGAUAGACGUGUCGAACAUCAGAUCUUGUCAAAUAAUUGUGAAAACAACACAGAUCAUUCCUGUGAAAAACCUUUCCAAUGUGGAAUGUGCUUAAAGUGUUUCUCGAACAAGUGUUACAUUAAGCAGCAUAUGAGGAUCCACACUGCUGAACGACCAUAUCAGUGCACUGUGUGUACAAAGUGUUUUCAAUGGAAUAAUUCCUUAAUACAGCAUAUGUUGAUUCACACUGGAGUGAAGAGUUUCAAAUGUGAGGUGUGUGCAAAACAGUUCUCUCAAUGUUCCACCUUGAAAACUCAUAUGUUGUUUCACACUGGCGUUAAACCUUUUAAAUGUGAGGUGUGUGCAAAAUGUUCAUUGACCAGUUCACAUUUGAAACGUCAUAUGUGCGUUCACACUGGAGUCCGGUCGUUUAAGUGUGAGGAGUGUGGACAACAUUUCUCACAAAAAACGUCCUUGAAACAACAUUUGUGGAUUCACACUGACGUUAAGCCUGUUAAAUGUAAAGUCUGUGAAAAGGGUUUCUCACAAAGGUCACACUUGAAACAUCAUAUGUGGAUUCACACUGGUGUCAAGUCUUUCAAAUGUGAAAUGUGCGCAAAAUGUUUCUCUCGCAAUUGCAGCUUGAAACGUCAUAUGUUGAUUCACAGGUAUUAACGUUUUAACAGAUCUGGACGAGAAACAAAUUGAAGAGCGUGAUUAAUUUCUCCCCAAACUUCGAUUAUAGGGCGACAUUUAAGACUACAAUACUAAUACAUAUACCUCCACAUGGGAUGUCAAACAACAAUUGUACAAGCAUUCACUUGUAUGGACGCUACACUUUAGUUACACCAAGGCAGUCUGUUAUAGUUUCGAAUAAUACUUUACGUUUUUAUGUUAUCCCUACAGGUAUUGAUUUCUAAUAGACAUUUGUAUAUUCUGUAAUUUUAUAUCAUACCAGGGUAUGUAAUAUGAAAACGAAAUGUACGUGCACUGUCUUAUGGUAUAAAUUUGUAUCUACCACUUUAAAGGUACAUGAGCCCGAUACAUUGACCUAUAUUAAUGUCAAUAAUAUAAUGUACACGUGCUACUAUUGAAGCCAGAUAGUUUUUUGUUUUUUUUUCAAUUGAUGUAUAACAGCCACACUGUUAAUACUAUAAAACAUACAUACAACUCUUAAUAAACUGGCUCUAAAUACAUUCCUGCAGUGGGGGAUUGGCGUGUAUCUGUGUGUAUUAUUUUGUAUCGAAAAUAUACUGAUUUAUAAGUAUUUAUUCACUUCAUGUUGACAUCCAUGUACAAGCCAUUGAUUUAAAAAUAAAACUUAUAUAUGUGACAUUUUACGAUCAAAACAUGAUCCUGACCAAGUGUUGUGUCUUAGUGAGUGAUGUUUUAUUAAAUUAUAGAUUUAGAUUUAAACAUGAAUUUUAUGUGGUUAUAUUUCACGCAAGAAAUAUCACAUGAAAAUGCUGGUUAUUUUAGUUAAAUUAUUCAUUUCAAAAGCAAACAAAAAUGGCUUCUCAACAAAGUUUGUUUCAUUUAACGACACCACUAGAGCACAAUGAUUAACUAAUCAUCGGGUAUUAGAUGUCAAACGUUUGAUAA